AAUCAUGUCGGUUGGCCAGGUUUACAUUUAGCUUACAAGAACGAGACCGCGACACCACCAUCGCCUACAUUUAUAUUGGACGAAGCUUAUCAAUAUCUGAUACAUAAACGAGGUAUUUUGGCAACCAACGGUGGAUUAAAUUUUGUAGGUAAUAUCAAUGUAAAUAAUGCGAACUCCAAAUAUCCCGACAUACAGAUUUAUCACUUUCACUAUCCACGAUGGCAUGUAGAUAAUGUGAACACAAUAUGGAAAGUAUUUCCAGCAGAUGAGGAGAUAAAGCAGAAUGUAUUGAAAAUGCUUCAGGAAGUUGAUAUGGCGGUACCUAUGCCGUGUCUACAAAAGCCGAAGAGCUCGGGCGAGUUGUGGCUACGUAGCAAGGAUCCAGCGGUUCCUGUUAAGAUUUAUGCGAACACUUUCUCCCAGCAAGAAGAUGUUGAAACGAUGUUGAAGUCCUUAGACUUCAUAAAGAAAAUGCUGAAGACCGAGACAUUUAAACGACGAGGAGUAUGGCUGCAUCAUUUGGACAUUCCAGGUUGUCGACACACUAAACCUGAUUCGGAAGAGUAUUGGAGAUGUCACUUGCGACAUUUGUCUAUUAUGUUCUACCAUCCCGUUGGUAGCGUUAAAAUGGGUCCACGAAGCGAUCCUACGGCUGUAGUGGACGCUAGAUUAAGAGUACACGGAAUGCAAGGUCUGAGAGUCAUCGACGCAUCUAUCAUGCCAACAAUCACUAGUGGACCCACGAAUGCCCCUACGAUAAUGAUAGGGGAGAAAGGCGCAGAUUUAAUUAAAGAAAAUUGGGCAGCUGUGAAGGACAAUCAAGAAUUAUAGAAAAGAGUACAGUUACGUUACAUGUUUUCGGUUUGUUUAUCAUAUAUAUUUAUUCAUAUAUAUAUAUAAUAUAUAUAUAUGAAACUUUACGGUUAAAGUUUCAUUUUCUCUAUCCCGUUGUGUUAUAUGUAUGACGAACUAUUAUACUGGAAAAUUUUAUUUUAUAAAAUUUGAGGAUCAAACAUUAUAUAUAUUAUUUUAUCAAAUAAUUCUAUAACUAAAUAAUAUUUUAUUUCGUAAUGUAUUUUACUGUACGAAAGUGGUUUGAUAAGUAACUUGGCUUGAUAUUAAAGAAAACAAUUUGAA